AUUUUGCUGGUUCCGCAUUUCGGGUCGGCAAGGUGGGGGAGGCGAGAGCAGCAACUGGCACUGGCUCGACCCUCGGUUCAGAGUUCCGGCGCCCGGUGCUUCUGCUGGCCGCGAGCUGAGGACUGUCCGCUUCCUCGUGGUUCCCGCGCGGGCUCCGAAUCCAGACCGCGGCGGGGGCCAGCGGCCCCUCCCCUCCGAGGAUAGAAGAUGAGCUUCCUCUUCAGCAGCCGCUCUUCUAAAACAUUCAAACCAAAGAAGAAUAUCCCUGAGGGCUCUCAUCAGUAUGAACUCUUAAAACAUGCAGAGGCAACUCUAGGAAGUGGGAAUCUGAGACAAGCUGUUAUGUUGCCAGAGGGAGAGGACCUCAAUGAAUGGAUUGCUGUUAACACUGUGGAUUUCUUCAACCAGAUCAACAUGCUGUAUGGAACUAUUACAGAAUUCUGCACUGAAGCAAGCUGUCCAGUCAUGUCUGCAGGUCCAAGAUACGAAUAUCAUUGGGCAGAUGGUACUAAUAUUAAAAAGCCAAUCAAGUGUUCUGCACCAAAAUACAUUGACUAUUUGAUGACUUGGGUUCAGGAUCAGCUUGAUGAUGAAACUCUCUUUCCUUCUAAGAUCGGUGUCCCAUUUCCCAAAAACUUUAUGUCUGUGGCAAAGACCAUUCUGAAGCGUCUGUUCCGGGUUUAUGCCCAUAUUUAUCACCAGCACUUUGAUUCUGUGAUGCAGCUGCAAGAGGAGGCCCACCUCAACACCUCCUUUAAGCACUUUAUUUUCUUUGUUCAGGAGUUUAAUCUGAUUGAUAGGCGUGAGUUGGCACCUCUUCAGGAAUUAAUUGAGAAGCUUGGAUCGAAAGACAGAUAAAUGUUUCUUCUAGAACACAGUUACCCUCUUGCUUCAUCUGCUAGAGCUAUCUCACUGCUAUUUGUUAUAGACUAGUGAUAACAGACUUUAAGAAAACAGGAUAAAAAGACACCUGUUGUUGGUGUCUACUGAUAAAAUUGUCCCAAAGGUAGAUUGGCCUGAUUCUUCAGUGAGAAAUUCAAAAGGCAGCCGACUGAGGCACUGUGUGACCACUCCUGUUAUUGUCAGUGUUAUACUUGGUUUUAAUAUGGGAUGACUAACAUGUAGUCUCUUAGUUUACUUAUUCUUUUACUGAAGAAAAUGAUUGAGUGCUUCAGGUUAUAGCAUAAUGGCUAUUGAGAAUUUCCACCAAUACUUUAUUAACAAGUUUCUAGAACCAAUUACCUAAUAACACAAUCAGAUCAGUUUUUAUUUACAAAUAGAAGAGGUAUUUUUAAGUUUCCUUAAGAUUUAGAGCAUUUGUGUGUUACUUUGGAUAACCUUUUAGUUUGAAGUUUGUAUGCUAGUGUUUUUAUAGAUAAGACUAUAUAUAUAUGUUUAUUUUUUCAGAAUACAUGAUUGUAGUUUAAAUCCUCAUAUGACCUAUGUGGUAUGGGAGUAACCAGAGUUAUUUCUAAAAUGACUUUAUUUUUUAAUCUUUAUUUGGGAUUUUAUUCACAUAAACCUAUCUAAAGUUUUAGGAGUAUGUAUAUCAGAAAUAAUUUUCUUAAGGCAUGAAAGGAUAGUCCUGUACAUUUUUAUUUUGAAAUGCUUCAUUCAGAUUAAUUUUAAUAGGUAGCUUUUGGCUAAGAAAGAAAACUCCAAAAAAUUAUGACAAAUUUAGGUCUCAGAACCACUAUUUUCAUUUAUGUUGUUUUUCAGAGCCCCUAAGAUCCUGGAGAGGAGAGUGGAAGAAAGUACUCAGAGUACUUUAUUUUCUUUUGAGUGUCCUUUAAAACAAAAAACAAGAAUUACUUCUAUGUGUUUUUAUUGUGACUUGAGACUUGGUUAAGGGUAGUGUCGAAAUGCCCAGGCUUUAAUCCCAACAAGGAUAAAACUUAAGGAAGACUGUAAUAAAAAACCUUGAAGGUGUACACAUUUUAUAACACAGCUUAAAGUUUGGUGUGCUACCGUGUGUGUGUGUGUGUGUGUGAACUAAAUGGGAGGAAUAAGUAAAAGAUCUUACUUCAUUCUGUUAGUAGUCAGAGGAUGGAUUGAGCCCCGAUAGGGGGUUUAAUCCUGUUUUAAUUGUUUUUGUAUCAAAACUUGAAAUUCUUCUACUUCUGUUGGGAUAAAAAAAAAAUCUUCCCCUUUAGUGAAAUAAAGGUCUAAUUUUCAUUAGGUUUCUAGGAUUUAUAAACUCCAGCUGCCUGUCAAGAAUGUACUGGGCACAAGUCUGCUGAAGACUUGACUGACCAGCAUUGCUUAAAGUCCAUUAGCACUCUGUGAUUUCAGAGCUGGGAUUUUUGCAGAGUGCUCACCAACUCCCUUGAUGGCUUUGAUAAAAGGUUAGAUUGGUUAGGUUUUUUGUUAUUUAUUUUUAUUAUUCCACUAAAGUAUAAAGAAAAAAAUUGCUUAGGAAUUCCAUUUUUAUAACUCCGUUUCAUAUCCAGAUAUACAGAAUUUUAAAGGAAACAAAACCUUUCAUCUAUUUUAUUUAGGCUGAAACCAUGUAUCUUUGUUUCAGGAGUUAAAAAACGGGAUAAUCCCUUAUGGAAAAAAAAAAAAGAAAAGCCCUCUGAAACAUUCCACAAUCUGUGUUUUAAGCUUAUCCAAAGGUCCCUGUCCGCAGUUCUGUGUGUUUGUGUUGAUCAUUUAUGAACAAGGAAGCAGGUUUCUAGAUGCCACCCAGAAUGUUAACUGCCUCUCAACUUUGGCUUUAAUUAAGUCUUCAAGGAAUGAAAUUCUGUUUCUCAACUAGGGUUGUCCUUUCCAUCAUUUCUCAUAUUUCACAUGAUUUUUAAAGGAGUUCUCACUUUUCUCCUAUUUAUUUUCAGUGAUAGAAAUCCUCCCUCUCUUCAUGACUGCAUCCCAGAACAAACCAAAGAUGGUCACAUGCUUAGACAUAAAUAAAAAAUUUGUUGGUAAUUUGAGACUCAGAAUGUCCUUUUUUAAAAUAAUAAACACAUUACCAGGUUCCCAGGCUAACCGGGCUUAACCAACAAUGCACCUAACCAUUAAAUUAACACUACUUGUUCACAUCUAAAGCCAGGGAGUAGAGAGCAGGAGAACUGGAGGAGGGGGGAGGGUGAGGCCCUCCUGACUGGGCUAGAGGGCCAGUCUUUGAGAAGAGUUGGAAGGAAUCCGUCUGUCUUGGAGUCUUCUCUCUUGUGAUUUAUCUUCCUGUGCCCGGGGUCUGCCUGUUCCACAACCCUCCCUGCCCUUCCCCCCCCCCCCCCCCCCGGAAUCAGAGGUCACCUCCUGUUAGGGUCUGGUUGCUGCUCCUCACCCCUGAGUACAGUCACGGGGUGGAGAGUGCUUGCUAAAUUACACAGGUAGUCCUAAGGUGCUUAAUUUCUGGGCCUUUAAAAAACUUAGAGAAUGAUGUGCAGAUUUUUGUUUAUUAAAACUUCUUCGUACUACCGUUUUUGUUUUGAUAGCCAAAUGUCUCCUUUAUUCUCCAGACUGUGAACAAAGUGAUUUUUAGAGGGCUGCCAGCUAACAAAUUUCAUCUUAGACUUGCAGAGCCCUAGCUUCUGUAAGCUGCUGCCUGCUUGAGAAAUGCAAAUCUGUAUUCAUCAAGGCUGUGAUAACACAGGGAAGGCUUUCCUAGUAGUGCAGAGGCAAGAGGAGCAAUCCGCUGGUGAUUUUAACUUUUGCAAACAUUUUUGAGGUUUUCCGAUUAUACCGUUGGCUUUCUCUUGGACCAGUGAGGUUAUACUAGAAGUGGAGCUUCUAAACAGAACACCAUUACCUCAUCAGCAUAAACAAAUCAGCCCUAAAGAGUCCAAGUCUUAGAAAUUUGUUCCUGAGCAGCAGCAGACCUGGUGCUGGUGUUACCUGCCUGGUACAGGAGGCUGAGAACCCUGGCCUGACAGAUGCUGGCCAAGACCCCGAGCACUGAGCCCCUUCACCAGGGACGUUCUCUCUGCCUGAAGUCAGUUCAGUAAGUGGAUUUGAUUUUUACUAUUGUAGAAUUCUGGCAAAGAGGGAAAAUAGUGGUCCCUCAGUCUUCCUGUGUGUUUGCAUUAGAUUUUGAUAUUUCAGACUAUAAAAGGCUUUGGGGGAUGAUAUUACAUGUGAUAGCAGUGACUUUAGUGAAGCAACUGCACUGAAAUUCACUUGGGUUUUCUCUCAUUCUCAGAUUCUAUUCCAAACAAGUAGUCUGUAAAUCCAAAUGGAUUACCAGUGUGCUGUAGGUUUUUUUAUAGAACAUUCUAUGUUUGGUCUACAUCAACAGUAGUUUGCAUAAGUUAGUCUUGGUUAUCUAAAAUAUUUUUAAAUGUUCUUUACAUGAGAAUUUAUGUUGUAUUUCUAAACCUUUAGGGGCUUUAUCUAUUUUUCUAAGUCAGUUAAUUGUACUUUUAAAGAAAGUAUUUUGUAUCUACUUUUGUAACUUCAUCAGAAUAAAAUAUAUUAAAAGAAA